AUGAAUGUGACAGGUGUGGCCUGGCCUGCGUUGACAAAUUUCUUGGAAGAUGAGGCUGACUACAAUCUGUAUGGCUACGUGCCGAAUUAUGGUCCCAAUAUCCUUUUUCUUGUCCUAUUUGCACUCACGACCAUUGCGCAUUUUGGCCAGGUCUUGUACUAUCGACAAUGGUGGAUGCUUGUAAUGCCAGUGGGGACGCUAGCUGAAGUGGGCGGCUACAUCCCACGAUUCAUUGGGCACGAUAAUCCGCGGAAACGUGAUCCAUAUGUUGCAACCAUGGCGCUUCUAAUCAUUACACCUUGUCUUUUUGCUGCUGUUCAUUUCACGGUUCUAGGCCGGAUUUGUACACUGUUUCCGCGGAAGUACUCGCUAGUUCCGCCCGUUAUGGUAAUGCCUUUUUUUGUUUCGGUUGACAUUAUAUCGCUCAUUGUACAAGGUGUCGGUGCAGGAAGUGCUGGCUCUGCAGACACUGAAGACGACGCCGCGUCAGGGUCCCAUGUGACAGUUGGUGGUGUGGCUGUACAACUCACUGGUUAUAUUGUAUUCAUGCUAAGCUUCCUCAUUUUCGCUGAAAGAAUCAGGCGGGAUCCUCCCACAGGUAUAGCGCAUUACAAACCACUGUUGAUGGCUACUUUCUUUUCCAGUCUAUGUAUUAUACUUCGUUCCAUCUACCGUGUUAUUGAAAUGGCAACAGGUUGGACUGGAUCGAUCGCCACCAAAGAAUGGUGUUUGUUUUCUUUUGAUGCCUCUCUGGUGCUCAUUGCAUGCGUUAUUUUGAACUUUUGGAAUCCUGCACGCUACCUACCGAAGCACUUUAGUUGGAAGUAUAAUCCUGAAAAGGAUGUCAACAGCCCAUUCUACAAAGGGUCUCGCGAAAAUCCAGAGGACGUUGAAGCUAAUGGUGAGGGAGCAUUGUCUACGAGUGAGAAAGACAAAGAGAAAGUACCUCAAAACCCGGAACAUGAGCCAGAGGAGAAAUUUAUUGAUGCACCCCUUGCAAAAUAA